AGCCUCCGACAUGGCCGUUUCCACAGCCACAUGAUCCAGCGAUGGAGGCUCUGUUUCUGCUGUGCUCCAUCGUCUCCACGUGCUUUACCUCCCUCGCCCUCUCCCUCCUCCUGCCCGUCCACGCCCUCCUCCGGCGGCUGCUCCCCCCGCGCGCCGCCGCCGCCCUUUCCUCCCGGAUCGGUUGCGGCGGCGGCGGCUGCGGGGCGGCGGCUCUCUACGAGGGCACCGUCUGGCACGAGCGCCGCCGCCCCGUCCGCCACUCGUUCCGGUACGCCGUGAGGUACGCGCUCGUCGACCUCGACGGCGCGCCGCCCGGUGCGGCGGCCGGCCACCUCUCCGCCGACGAGGCGCGGCGGUUCGCUGGUACAAACGGACCCAUAUUUCUCUUGACAAUACCUCCUAGUGUGGGGUAUGAACAGAACCCAUUGAGCUUGUACUAUUGCUACGAUCUAAAAGGUGCCACUCAACAUUUGCACAAGUGCAUUGCUGAGGUAACUAAUACACCAUGGGGUGAGAGGGUCUUGUUUGUUUUCAAUCCAAAUUCUGAUUUGGUUGCGAAGCCUCUGCAUGUCAGUCCAUUCAUGGACAUGCUUGGGAAUUGGACUAUAAAAGCAAAUGCUCCCAGGGACAAUCUAUAUGUGGCCAUUUCAGUUCAGCAUCCCAAGCUUGGUAACUACUUCACAGCUACCCUGAAAGCCAAAAGAGUUUCCUCGUCAACCCUGUCGAAUCAUGCAACAUUCUUCUGGUUGAUGCCUCAUAAGGUGGCAUUAUGGAUAUACUGGCAUGCUUUUAAGCUCUGGUGGAAAAAUGUGUCGUUCAUCCAGCACCCACGCUAUACAAACCCCAUGUACAGAGAGGAAGCAGCGGAACGUGAUCGAGGACUUCGAUGUUGCGAGGCAUUUCAUCCGGAUGGAAUGAAAGAUUCACCACCUACUGGAACCAAUUCGGAUAGUUCAUCUGGCAAAAGUUGCGUUGAUCGAUGUUUUGUUUGGAGGGAUGCAAAAUGGCCCUGGUCUUGAUCCUGAUUCUUGAAUGGAAGCCGGUCACCAUCGACCGCUACUAAUUAUUGGAAGAGACUUGCAAAUUGAAAGAUGGAGCUGUUACUGUUA